GGUUUUGGUCGAGUCUUCGGAUCCACCUCAGUCAGUCUGAGUCGAGCGGUUCAACGUUGCGCACCUGUGGACGGUUAGGCGGUUAAUCGGUAGGCGAGCGAGCAGAGACGGCUAAAAGUGAAGAAGCCACCGGCGAUCGUGGCCCAAAGUGCAUGUGUGCGUGAGUGCGUUCAAAUCUAUGAAUAAAAGUGAAUAGCCAAGACGGUGCCCCAAGCUGCCAAUGCGAUUGUGAAUGUGAGUGAGUUUUCGUCGCUUUUCCCAAUUGGUGAAAUUUUUUUGUAUAUUAUUAACGUUAUUUAUGUGCAAAAAUCUAAUUGAAAAAAUAUCGUGCAAUAGAAAAGCACGCAAAAACAUCAAUCAAACGCAGAGAUAACCAUCGCAUGAUUAAUGGAAAUGCUUUGAGAAUAAAAUAAAAAAUGCCUCAUCAAAAUUCGAUUGUUUAAUAAAAGUACAAUUUCUGCCAAAUCAUAUUUAAUAAUUUCAAAAUAAACACAAGUGAGAGAGUCUCAAAGGAAUACAGAGUUUAUGCAAAAAUGCGACGAAAGUCACAGAGUUUAACACACAAUAAGCAAUCGAGGAGAGGCCGGGCCGGAGACGGCGGCGGAGGCGGUGGAGGUGGAGAAAAUAGGAGUGCUACCUUCCCAUCGUCAGCAGUAUUCAACAAUAGAAUGCCAAGAGUCUAUCGACACUUGAUGGUCGUCACCAUGUCGACGUUGCCCCUGGCGCUUUUGCUGCUCUUCGUUCAAACAACAGCGGGUCAGCACCAAAGCAUUUCGCAAAUCUCUCCAAAAUCAAGUAGCUAUGGAAGCUCUGAUGGGCUGAGCAUCGAGAGCACCAUGGCGGAAUCCGUAAACGGACUUGCGGACAGCCGAUCACCCCCACAAGAUCUUGGCGACAAUGAAACCCGAGCGGAUCGCGUAGAGCGAUCGGCAUCACCCAUUCUACACGAACGCAAGGCCGCCGGGCCCAACGAUGUGCAUGUGCCAGAGGAGCUGGAGAAAGAUGUGUCUGCCGGACGGUACUUCCACUACAACAUCAAGCCCACGGGCACUUAUGAAGGUCACGAAGAGCAGCCGGAAAACACGCAUCAGCGGAUCCGGGCUGGCAAAACCCUGGACGGCGGCAGCACACCCAUCAAGAGCAGCAGCAGUCGAGAGGAUCAGUCUUUUUUAGGGCGGGGGGACCUGCGACCGCUAGUGUCGGGGUCCCCUAUCCGGCCGAGUCCGAGCAGUUCUGCUACCUUGGCGAUGGCGAGCAGUGCCACCCAGAUACCUCCUAGUCCCCGACAGAACGGCAAUCCUGACAUCCAGGACAUAAUAACCGGAAUCGUAAAGCUCUUGAAUGGAAAUGUCAAUGUUCAUGCCAACACGCAGGGUGUUCGUCGUCCUUCGGCCAGUAGGAUCAACAACCGAGGUCCGCCAAGGAUUUCCGAAGCCCAGAAUCUGCCCAUUGAUUACGAGGCCCAGAAGCCGGGAACCUCAAUGCGACCACCACCGUAUCCUUUCGACCGACCGGAGCGUCCUUUCAUCACGGGUGUACCCAUUCCCGAACAGAUUGUGCCCGUGCGUCCCGGUUUCGUAAGCAAUCGUCCUCCCUGGUAUCGGAACAAGCCACGCCCACCGAUCGCUACUAGCGUGGGCGGCAGUCGGAGACCAUUGCCACAGUACAAGCCACUACCAGCUCCUCAAGUGCAGCCCACUCUGCAAACGCAAGAUCAGUUGGAAAAGGAGAAGGAUGCGGAGAAAGAACAAAGCCAGCAGGAGACGCAGCAGACUGGAGACGACACCAUCCCGCCGACAGACACCACCUACGACUCGGAGUUCUCCAACGAAGACGCAAAUGCCCAGUACAUAGAGGUGUCUGACCAGGAUACGGAUGCCAGCACUGGAACUGGUGGUGAGGUGGAAGACGAACUGCAACCACCUCCAGCACCACCGUCGACGACCAGUAAUCCACCAACACCGCUCACCAAAAAGAAACACAAGCCCAAGCCGAGCGGAGAGAAGAUCAAACCCGAGGGUGGCUACACCACCGUCAUAGAGACCAGUUCCGUGGUGCACACGGUAAUGGGCAUGUCCUCCACGUACGUGCCCAUGUCCAUGGACAGUUCCGAAGGCAUCGGUCUGGAUCCCUCCACCGAGGAGGUGAUCUUCAUGACGGCGAAUCGCACCCCCGGACUGGACACCAGUGCCACAUCGAUCACGACUAUAUCCACAACAUCCUCAGCGCCGCCAGUCAUCCAACCUACGUCCUCCAAAGAAAUUACCACCUCCACUACCACCACCACCACCUCAACCACCACCCCGCCUUCUAGUACAACCACUACAACCACAGAAGGCGCGCCUCCCAAUAACUCCAAUGCUAACACCAAUGCCACCCAGCCCGCCUCCUACCACCCCCGUCCUGGGAUCGUACUCGACGAUCCCGAGUUCAAGCCCGGUGGUCGGCCACGCCCUCUUAACCAGCGACCCCCACCCCAGUCGCCACAGAACCCUCUUCUGCCAGCGGUACAGCCCACCCGACAGCAUCUACCCCCGGGUUACGGGGAGAUCUUUGACGUGACUCUGUCCGCCAUCCAGGGACCAGGCCCGAAGGGCAGUGGUUCGCAGCAGACGAUCAACAUAAAGCCAUACGGGUCCUACGGAUCAGGGCAGGGUGGAGGAGGAGGUCAGGGCGACAUCAUCGUGUCGGCAUCAGGUGACGAAGGCUUCGUCUCGAUCGAUGGCAAGCGCACUUACAUCAAUCUCUUUGGUGAUCCCACAGAUCCCCCAGCGGCAGCCACAACCCCAGCCACGCGUCUGCCCCAGCUGCCUUCCGGUUCCGGAUCAGCUCCAGGAGGCAGUGCAGGUGCCAGUGGUAGUUCGCCGUCUGUCCCCCCGAAUGCUGUCACUCAGAGCAGUGGUGGUUAUGUGGUACCGGAAACGGAGGUGGUGGACCUUCAAGGACACAGCAAGCCGGGGGGAGCAGGAACAGCAGCCGGAGCUGGAGCAGGAUCACCCACGACGAAUGCAGGACCCACGCGACCCCACUACCGCCAAAGACCAACGCAGCCGCCGGUGAGGAUCGACACCUGCAUCGUGGGUGAUGAUUCCACUUGCGAUCAGGCCCAGCAUGAGCACUGCAAGACUGACAGUGGAGUGUCCAGCUGCCACUGCCGACCAGGCUACUCGCGUCGGAAGCAUAGGGAGCCAUGUCGACGGGUCAUCACCUUCCACUUGGGCAUGCGCGUGGAUCGCAUCUACGAGCACCGGAUAGUCUGGGACAACAAGCUUAUGGAUCGCCACAGUGAACCAUUUGGCCAACUUAGUUAUGAGUCCAUCAGAGCGCUUGAUUCGGCCAUGUCGAUGACUCCCUACUCGGAUGAGUUCAUGGAAGCCAAGGUGAACAAUAUUUACCGAGGAGAUCCCAACCUUGGAGGCAGUGGUGUCUUUGUAAACAUGACCAUAAAGUUGGACGAGAGUGUGGAGACCCUGAGACCCAAUCUGCGUAGUGACGUCCAGAAGCAUCUCUUGGGAGUGCUUCACCGCAGGAACAACAACAUUGGAAACUCUGUACUGUACGUGAGCUCUCCAGAAGGUGCAGUAUCCGCACUCCAGGAUCUUGACGAGUGCCAGUCAUCGGAGUUGAACGAUUGCCACCCAGGAGCCAGUUGCACCAACACGUGGGGCAGUUUCCGCUGCUCUUGUGAGGAGGGACUACGGGAUCCCUGGGCGGACCAGCCAGCAAGGGCAGGACGAGAGUGUCAGGCGUGUGCCGACUCCGUUUGCAACAAUCAUGGCACCUGCAGCUAUAGCGAUGAUGGCGGCCAGGUGUGCACCUGUGACUCCAGCCACUACGGUGCCCAGUGCGAGAUCGAUGGCGAGGUUCUGGGUGUGGCCAUUGGCGCCUCAGUGGCAGCCAUCAUUAUUAUUGUUCUGACUCUGGUCUGCCUGAUCAUGUGGUCCAGGCGCUGGCAACGGGAACAGAAGAACGCGAUGGGAUCCCCAGUUUUUGGAUAUAUGAACACGGCGCCAUUGAAAUCCGCUGGAUUACCUCAAGCCGGCUAUCAAGUCACGUUGGAGGAUCGAAUGCGAUGGGCCCAAAUCGCGGAUGUCAUGGCUCAGACCAAUCACUACGGGGCGGAGCCCAUCGGACCCACUCGACCUUCCUCGGCGAUGUUUGCUUAUCCCACUCUGGGCGCCAUGGGAAUGGGAACCUUGGGCGGGAUGUCCCUUCAGAGUACCAUGCAGAUGCAUCCUAGUGCCACGAUGGCCCCGCCCGUGCCAUUGCCAAGAAGACUUGGCCUGGGUUCGCGAUCAAAUGGAAUGCGUACGCUGGAGAACUCCAGCUCCAGUGAGGAGGAGGACCGUGCAGAUCUCUUGGGGCGGAACUUCCAGGUGCCACGACCCAAAAGUCGCAGCAACGGCAGCAUAGCGAAUCAAUCCGGCAUCUACUACGAUGUCGAUUAUGAGCCAUCGGGCAACGGCAUUGGCAACACCAGCGUCGAUCAUCUGUACGGUUCGCAGAACCAAUCCGUGACCCACUCGUCGGGCAUCCCGGGUCCCCAGGGCAUCCCCAUGAGCACGUACACCUCCGGCAGAGCCCCUAGCAGUUACUAUAUGAAGUGACCCUGACCGGAUUGACUCCAGCACCCCUGUAAAUAGGAAACCCAGGUUCAAGGCCUCAAAACCCUUUUCCACUGCAGUCCCUGCGGCGACUGCAGCUGAGACGCGUUUAGGACGGUACCGCCCUUCGUAGCACUAGAAAGUUUUCGGUAGAAUCUUAGUCUUACGGAUACUCUUAGGCAC